GCUACAAGACUGGCGUAAAUAACUGCAUGACAACCACGCAACGAAAGACAAGUAAACACUUCGAGUUCUGUCAUGAAUGGGAGGGCCUGGUUGCCCCAGCAACUACAUUCGGAAGUUGUAGUAUCCAUGGCAACAAGAUGAUGACGCUAAACCUGAGGCACAUAUUCAGCUAGCGUAGCUGUUUAAGAAAAUAGUCCAAUGUCUCGAAAGGCGUUAAAAAUUGUAGUUGAAUUAAGGUUCAGAGCGUUUUUUCAGGGUUGUUGAAUAUUGUCCAUAAAUGAUUAUCUUCAACUUGGGUUGACUGCAGCUUGACUCCAACCAAAAUGGUAAAACUAAGUGAGGACUCCCACUGAUAUAUAAAGGUUUCUUGUCCUGGAGUUCAUCUGCCAGCCAAGGAUGACAUCUACCUCAGCGUGUGCUUCAUGGGCCAGUACCGUCAGUCUGAAGACCUCCCAGCCAUCUUCCCUCUGCUUGUUCAUGAGAAGAUGACAUUUGAAAAGAUUUUCAGGCAUGCAGUUGAUCCCGGAGACAUCACUGUGAUGCUUGAGUAUGAGACUGUCAGAAUUGAACUGGUACAGCUGAUCCCUCCUGCUGGGGACACUCUGGCCUGCUUUGAGGAAGAUGCUCGACAUUUCUUAUUUCCAGAGCCCAGACUGGUUCCAUCCUUCUCUGGAGUGGACAGAGAGGUUCUGAUGUCCCGAGCGCCUCACUUUCCAGGUAUUGCUCCAAGGUUGGAGUUUUCCACUAAAACAAGUAUCAUUGAGUGUUCAGCCAAUGCAGAGAUCAACAUUUACCGCAAUGUACCAAUGAGGCCAGUGAUAAAGAGGAACAGGACCUCCUCUCCUCAGAGGAAACAACUUCAAACCAUUGGAAGGAGACGACAUGGCGGGAUGGUCAGAGAAAGACACAGUAGCACCACGUCAUUGUCACACAUUGCCAGAUCCCAGUCUCUGUCCCCGCUGAGCGCUGAAAACACACAGCGUCUGGCUCAGCUCAGCCUGGAUUCUGCAGCUCCUGACACGGCAGACUGGGAUGCAACCAGCACCUCCCAGCCAAUGCUGGCUUCAUGGCCUGGCACCCGUCGAUCUGCCUUGCCCCACCACUCUGCACUGGUUACCAGCUACUCCUCACCUUUGACCAGGUCUUCAUCCACAGUGAGAUUCUCUCCCUCUGGCAGAAGGAAAUCUUUAUCUAGUGGUUUGGAAAGCAGAACCUUUGGCAGUUUGGUGUCCUGGAGCACUGAGGUGUGUGUCUACAUAAUGCCAAGAAAAAAAAAAAGGACAUCAGCUAUGACUUCAGAGAAACAAGUAUCACUGCUCAUCACUCCUGGAAGGAUUGGAGGAAUAUCGGACGACUCCAGCUCUUCAGAAACAAAUGACUGCCAUAAUGGUCCUGAGCCUUCAGCGCUGUGGCGGUCUUACAGAGAACAAGCCAGGCACAGCAGUUCUCACAGAGAAUGGGAAGAAGUCCAUGAACGUGUCCGAGGACUCCUUACUACGCCAAAAGCUGUGCGCCGACUUGUCUAUGGGGCCACGGUCUCUGAGAUAGACAGUGUUUUUUCCAGAAGGUCCAUCUCUCCAGGGCCACCAUGAAGUCCUGGCCAGGCUCUGGAAAGACAGGGAAAGGGACCAUUGCCUUCCCGAUGAUGCCUUCAGAUAUCAAGAGUUUCCUAAUGUGUGAUGUGUGCAAAACAGAGAGGUAUUUCAUUACAGUGGAUCGAUAUAUGUCCACACAACCUGUAAUAAGGGCUGGCAAGUAAUGUGCUUCAUGUUGACAUAAAUGUUUUAAUGUUGAAACAACAUUUUAAUAUUAAUAUCAUUGUUAAAUCUCAGUUUGAACACAGAAUGGAAGCAGUAGUAUGGUUUGACAUCAAAAGUCUCUGUUGUUCCAUCUCAUUAAUCUAUCAAGCUAACAUUGUCGAGUCCUGAGGUAAAUCACCUGAAGGCUAUUAAAAGAAAAUUGUGUCUAUGGCAAUGGAGCUCCCUUGCCAUAUAUCAUACAAAUAGCUGCUCACUGUGACUGUGAGGCAUUAAACAUCACCUGUAUCAGGAACAUUGUGAUCUAUUGCAAAAUGGCUGCCGAAACAGAACUCUAUUUUGGUGUAACAAGCAGGCCUUGGUAGGAUUUAUUAAUGGCUUGCUUGGUCAGUUGUAACAAGUCCUUAAAUAAUUCUAUAAAUAAUAUUUUGGAACUAGAAAGGGCUGCUCUACUUCUCUGCAAAGACAGUGAAGGUGGUAGGCUGAACCUGCGCCUCCUUGCCGGAUGAGAAAGACUACACAGAACAAUGACCAUAAUGUAGGUGACUGUAAUCUUAUUAGGUGGGUUCCCAUUCAUAGGUAGAAAGAAUUUUAAUCAAAUUUUGAGAAAAAUUCUUUUUUACUUGUAAGACUAAAACAUGUUUGAAACAUCUUACUUUUAGGACUUUAUUGUGGAUUACAUUUGAGGAAGGGUAAUAAAAUGCAUAAACCACUUGUUAAAAAAUCUAGGUAUGGAGGUAUACAUACAGCUGUGGACUGUAUACAUACACCAACAGUCAGUUUCAAUGCAGACAAAGUAGAAAAGCGCACACCCCUGUUGUAUGUUUUUUAAGUGGACUGGACAUCAGCCUGAUAUUUGCAGAUAGCUAGCAAGUGUUAGCUGUGUUAUUUUUUGACUAAAAAUAAAUAACCUUGUAACUUUAUUUUCACAAUGUAAACGUGUUAUACAUUAUGCAAAAACACUAAUUAAAAGAAAAAAAGAAAGAAAUUUGCUUUAUCACCCCUAACUUAAAGUCUCAUUGGUAUAAUGCAUUGUACAGCUACAUACAGGCAAAAGCUGCUGACAUGGCGCACGUGAAGGCGGGGAAAAAAAUCAGUCAUCCUAAUUGCUGUGAAAUAUACAAGGGAUUAAGUUUACUGUAAAAUCAGGUCUACUGUAUAUAGGGAUGCAGCAAUUCUAAUACCUCAAGUAUCUGCCAAUAGUAAUGAUCAAGUAGAGAAUGUGAGGGUACGUCAUGCUGUGUUGAAUGUUGGGAUGAGGGCACCAUUUUGGGAAGGAGGCGCUCUAUUCACCUGCAUACAUUGUUGUUUUCCUUGGCUAAAAAGUUGCUUAAGUUAUUUUGAGCUCACUUUACUGAUUUUGGUAAUUCAGAAUGGAUAACCUUAGCUGACUGUAGCUAACUCGUAACUGACUUAGAGAUCCCAUCGACGAGAGCAACAGACUGAAAAAUGACUCUUCCGCGCAGCUCUAGGUUGAGGAGCUAACCCUGGCUAGCCAUUGUUGGCAGAUAACAUAAACACUGCAGAUGAAUCACAUUCUGUCUUGUCUGUGCUCGAACUGAUCACUAAAGUGGAUGUUUGGAUGUAGAUCAAGUAUCCACUGUUGUAUGUAGCUGUAUGGGAUAGUAUAAAGUUUUUUAAUAUUAAUAUAUAGAUGUAUGUAAUGUAUAUAUCUAUGAUGGAUAAUGUGCAUGAUCUCCCCAAAAUGGCACAUUUACCCAAAAUUCAACAUGGUGUGAUGACAAUUUCACAUUUUCUAUACCAGUAGUCCCUUUUUCCCAAUAACACAUUUUGUAGAAUGUAUUUGGAUAGCUUUUCUGUCAGGUAACAUGAGGCCAGAAAGUGCUGCGAUACUAAAACUUGAGUCAAUGGCCCACCAUGACUUAAUGUAAGUGAUGUUGGCCAAGAGCUAGGGGAUUUCUUAUGUCAUGACCAUUAUCCAAUAUACUUAACAGGGGCAGUAUCAAAGCCACUACUAAUCCAGAAUAUCAGAUGUCUGUAUUCCUACUAACAUUUCUAAGUUGUCUAACCAGGAAGUUGCCUUCAAAUUGCAACCAAAAUUGUAAAUACCAAGGUAUAGUAGGCUUCAUUAAUACCAAAUUCCACGAUAAUCCCACUUAUUAUUUUAAUUUAAUGGAUUUAAAGAAAAUGAGUGUCACCUGCUUUGCAAUCUCAAUUACCCUUAUCAUGGUGACUAUAAAUGAUAACAAAAUCUGACAAUAAAAUGAGCAACUUUCUUUUAUUAGCUUGCAGUUACACAUAAUGUUGUUCAUGUUGAUUCACAUACUGUACAGUAGGUACUCAAAUAGUUCCGUGAGAGGAGAUUGGUUAAUGCCACAACAGUGUGCUUCUGAAAUGUACAAGACAACCUGGUUUGCGAGGACUUAUCUGUAUGUCACCUCUGAAACAAACAAACACCUUUGUUCACCCAUGUCUCAUUUCAAAUGUGGCCCUUGUGGCAGUGUAGGGAUGUCUAAACUUGAGAUACUGAGAUGAGGACUAUAUUCCAGACACAGUGGAUUUUUGAAAUUUUGACCUCUGACAAAAUAACAGAAUGGGCCUUCAACUUGUAAGCCUAAAUAAGACAGAAGAACAGAAGAUUUAUCUCCAAGGAUGUAGUCAAAUCACUUUAAAACUGACAGCACGCUGUAAACACCAUUACUUUACUGAACAUUGUUAUUCUCAAAAGAGACAGUUUUCAACACUCCAUGACCAUGAAUCUAUGAAAACAUCUGAAUGAUAUUUGGUUAAGGCUAAAGCUGACAGGUAACAUUUGGACAUUUGAGUAACUAAAUUAUCUACGCUAGGUAGCUGUUAACAUUGCAUUGUAUUGACACAUUAGCUGUUGCUUUGGGAGCAUUAUUUUACAACAAGCUAAAAAAAAUGCCUUUUUUUUCAGGUGUUUUUUUUUUUUCAAGCUGGAUCACAGAAAUUUGAAUGUCAUGCUUGCAGUUGCUUAUUUUCUGCACCAGCCUAGCUCCUAGCAUCAUUGGGUAUUGAUACAUUAGUUUCUGUUUUGGGAGCUGUACUGUAUACAAACCAAAGAAAAUGUCACUAGUGUUAUUAUGGACUUUUCCCUAGCUGGACUACUAAAAGCGUAACUAGUGGAGAAUUACUGACUUCCAGUUUUGAAUGGAACACAUUGUACACUAUGAUAUUGUGCUGUAAUCUACUCUGGCAGUUUCAUUUCUACCCCAAUCUAAGCAAAUAACUCUCAAAUAGAAGUCUAUAUUUGUCUUGCAAAGUAUGACAGGCUCAUGUGCAGUGUCAUUUUGAGGACAUUGAGUCUGCUGUUCUGGAAUACUUUUGUUAGCAUUUCAUGAAUAACAUGAAUGGCACUCAGUUGUGUUGCAAGAGAUACUGCAUUUUCUGCCAGGAGAGUGGGAAGGUAUUUGGCUCGGGGGCCAUUUUAUUUCCAUGUAGAAACAACAAUAUUAUCUUGCUGGGAACAGUGGUCAUGGGACCAACACAUGGGAAGACUGCCUGAAAUUUUCUAACAUAUUGUAUAUGACUAGCAUAGAAAAUCCUCAUUGAUACUACUGUUGGUCCCAAGUAAUGUCCACCAUUUAAGCAACUUUUACCCACUGAUUCCAAGCUAAAGUACUAUAUGUGCAGGCAUCAAAAUAUGCAGCUGCUGCAUGGAGUCAAAUGCACUGCUGUGUUACAGAAAUGGUCGUACUGUACAUAUGUGUAUAUAAAAGAGCAUAAGACUGCAGUUAUGCUGUGAGCAUUACAAAUAGCAAUGCAGCCAGGGAGCAUUUUACAUAAGUGUAGACAUUUGCAGCAUUUGAAGCAUUAACUAUUGUUUAAGGAAAGGAAGGCCUGUUGACCAGUCUGUCUAUUCAACACUUUUGUCCAGAGCAACAGUAUUUCACAAACUACUGGCCAGUUUAUUGCCACCAUUAGGCCCACCUUAAGAGCUAUUAAAAUUUAAUGAAAACAUUAUUUCCCAAAUAAAUUUUCUUUUGUUUCUUUUGUCUCCUGGAAAUUGCUUCAUGUUUCCUCGUGUACCAUCCUCAGGCCAAUAUGUCAGUUUUGGAGCUGAGGGCAGCAACGAACAGUUAUUUUUAUAAUGAUCAUUAUAUCAUUAUAAUGAUUGGCCCGAGCCAAUCAUUAAUGAAGUUAUCUCAAAUCAUUUAUUGAUGAAUUGUUUAGCCUAUAAAAUUACUAAAAAUAGUUGCCAAACACAAAUUCCCAAAGCCCAAAUUAACAUCUUCAGAUUGCUUGUUUUAAUCAACCAAUGGUCUGAAAACCCAAAUAUGUUCAUUUUACAAUCACCUGAAAUGGAGAAAAGCAGCAAAUGCAUAUAUUCCAGAAGCUUUUGCCAUUUUACCUUGACAAGUGACUAUGUUUCUAAUGAUCAGUGACUAUGUUUCUAAUUGGUAAAUUGUGCUGGUACAAGAGCACAUUAUUGCUCCCAAGAUGAUAAGUCCUUUUAUUUUAAUGAUCCAUGGCUUUUCAUGUAGUGCUUCUCUUUAGGAAACCAAUUGUUUUAGGUGGAAUUUAUACUCUAUCUGAGCUGCAUGUCAGUCAGAUAACCUCCAAACCAUAAACCUGCCCUUUGUCCUGCCACUGAUAUGAUGAUAAGAAAGAAUAUCCAAACCAUGCUUAUUAGUAUUGUGGGAACACUGCAGUCUAAAGAUCAGUAAUAUAUUUUAGACUUAUAGCCCUGUUUCUAUAGCCUUUUUCCGUGCUGUGCUGUGGCAGUGUUAGCCAUUCAUAGCCCAACAUGAUACACAACUGCCUGCACCCACAUUUAGACAGUCAGAAGCUAACUUAGCAUGUAGGCUGGAAGUACACAAAACAUGCAGUAGCAUCAAAAAGCAGAUACAAAGAAGUUCUGAACAAAAACAAAGUAAUUUAUAGGCUUACUUGUUAGCUAUUACAAAGGUUCUCUGAGAAUUUCUCAUUUUCCCAUGGCAACAUUUGUAAAUAUGAAAAAUGCUUCUUUUGCUAAAGAAACCCUAAAGCCCUUAUGCUAACUAACUAGUUGCAGCAGCAAUAAGAAUACGACAUAUGUAAAUUAAUUACUUCAGAGUUAGUAUCCUGUUAUUGUGGGCACAAAAGGGAAUGAUGAAAUGCAAUCCAAACAUGCUAAAUCAAAUUAUCGCUACAAGUGUCUCAUUGUUAUGGAAUUGCUAUUCAGUAUGUUUACAAACAGGAUGUUGUCAAAGACUGGGUGAUUUUGAGGUGUUAUACUGUAAAUGGCAUAACUGUUCUGAAUUUUCCAUUCCUGAAUUUGCUUUGUAAUGCAGUUAUUGCCACAGGAAAUAAAACUAUCAAAGAAAAAGCUGCCAUAGCUAAUAGACAGAGUGCUGUACUUUUGUAUUAUUGUGCAUCAGAAACUUUAUUUAGCUCCUUAUUUUAAAGGAAUACAUUCUGGGAAAAAUGCUUAUUUACUUUUUUGCCACCAGUUAGAUGAGAAGAUUGAUUCAGUACAGAGCAGUCAGGAAUUGACUAGCUCAGUUUAGCUUAAAGACUGAAAAUUGUUCUAAAGCACACCUACGGUAUAAAGCCACAGUGUAGCUGAAAGCUUGCUAUUUAAGUGUUGUCUUGUUUUUUUUUUUAUCUGUCUGCAGAAAGGUAUAAAUCCAAUUUGUUUUUAUAACCUUAGAGCUUUUAAGAUAUGGUUUUUAAUGUAAGCCAGAGAAAGGCUCACUGUUUCUCUUUUUUUUGGCUGGCUGGUUUUUAUGCUAACCAUAAGCUAACUGCCUUUGGCAAUUAAUGCACAUACAUGAGAUUGCCAUUGAUUGUCUCAUGUCAGUCUUGGCAAAAAAGCAUGAACUGUAGUUCCCAAAAUGUCUGACGGAAUGCAUGUGCCCAAAUAAGUCUUGUGUUUUCUUUCAACAAAAAUGUUUAUCACCAGCUAAAAAGAUAAAAACUUUCCAGGUCUCUGAUUCGUACAGUUACUGAGCUGAGCUACCACUGUUUUAAGACUAUUUUCAACAUAUAUUGACUCUACAGCAUAAUGAAAAUAGUCUAGUGAAAAAUUGAAAAAGCACUUAGAGACGGUGAUUAUUAACAUAAAUACAUUAGCUGACCAUUAAAAUGGUCUGGUUUGAGACGGUAGAAUUAGGGGUAUCUGAUAUACUGUAUGCUUUCCCCCUGCUACCUAAAAACACAGACUAUAUAUGAUUAUUAUACUUUGCAUUGCGUCAAUAACUGUUAGCUAUUUGGUUCUGAAAUUUCACAGUGUUCAUUUGCUUCCAUAAGCCUUUGUUUACUGUGUUCAUUAUCUAUGAAGUCUCUAAAAAAAUCAGUGUGCAGUUAGCGAUCAGCAUUUCUUUAACAUAUUGCUUCAUGCAACUUGGUGUGAAAAACAUUUUUAAAUGUACAGAUAGAUAUACAAGCAAUGGCACAUAGACAGUGAACAACAGCCACACAAAAAGAUCAUUCAGACAAUUUAGAGAACUACACCACCGAAUCAGAAAAGGUUGGGACAGUAUAUAAAAACAAAAUUAAAACAAAAAAAAGUGAUUUGUGAAACAUCUG